GCCAAGCCGAGCUAAACUGCAGACGAACGGCGAUCCACUUUGAGGACAAGUUUCGGUCGGUGUUCUUUGCGGUCGUCCCAGAGAGUGGAGGGAGGCGCUCUUUCUCGUUUCGCUCGUCUUUCGUAAACGCCGAGAACAUGUCUAAGGAACCUGUUCGAGUGCUGGUGACUGGCGCAGCAGGCCAGAUUGCCUACUCGCUGGUGCCCAUCAUAGCCAAGGGCCAGGUGUUUGGGUGUGACCAGCCUGUUAUUCUACACCUGCUGGAUAUACCGAUGAUGAUGGGUGUUCUCAACGGUGUCGUCAUGGAGCUCGUCGAUUGUGCCUUCCCUCUCCUGAAAGACGUGGUGGCCACGGACAACGAGAAGGUUGCCUUUGCGGGCAUCGACGUGGCUUUCCUGGUUGGCUCGAUGCCCCGCAGGGAGGGCAUGGAGCGCAAGGACCUGCUAGCCGCUAACGUCAAGAUCUUCAAGAGCCAGGGAAGCGCCCUCGAUCAGUACGCCAAGAAAUCUGUCAAGGUGCUGGUGGUGGGCAACCCUGCAAACACGAAUGCCCUGAUCUGCUCCAAGUAUGCGCCGUCCAUCCCCAAGGAGAACUUCUCGGCCAUGACACGUCUCGACCACAACAGGGCCAAGGGACAGAUUGCCCAGAAGUUGAAGGUGUCGGCCGCGGACGUGCGCAACGUCAUCAUCUGGGGCAACCACUCGUCCACUCAGUUUCCUGAUGCCAGCCAUGCCUCUGUGACCCUGAAUGGCCAGAGCGUCAAGGUCCCGGACGCCAUCAAGGAUGAGGCCUACUUCCAGGGUGAAUUCCUCACUACUGUACAGAAGCGUGGGGCAGCAGUGAUCGCGGCACGCAAACUCUCCAGUGCCAUGUCGGCUGCAAAGGCGGCAGCUGACCACGUGCACGACUGGUGGCAUGGCACACCGGAGGGCGAGUGGGUAUCCAUGGCGGUGAUGAGCGAUGCCUCGUACGGCUCGCCAUCCGACGUGGUUUUCAGCUACCCUGUCAAGAUCGAUGCCCAGCGGCGCUGGCACAUUGUGGCUGGACUGCCCAUGUCGGACUUUGCCCGGCAGAAGAUUGAUGCCACAGGCAAGGAGCUGGUCCAGGAGCGUGACGACGCCCUGGCCGUCUGUAAGGAUUGACGGGACGCGCCGUCUGCAGCCAAGCUCUGAGAACCCCACCCCACCCUCUAUUCUCAUUCACAACCUCAAGUCUCGCCCAUUGCCUCUCAGAAGCAUAAUAGACUCGUCGUUCCUAGCCCUUUCAUCUUUCUAUCAGCCGCCCAAGAAAGCAAAUAUUGAUUAAAAAAGAAGCUCCAAAAUUCUCUAUUAGUUAAGUACAAGGUGAGAGUAAAUUUCAUUGAAUAUGAACGAAAGGAAGCAUAGAAAAAGUCAAAGUAACACACAGGUGCCAUCAAUACAAGCAAAACAGGUGUGGUCUGUUGUCAUGGCAAUCUUGUGAAUAAUCAGGUGGUUCUCUUCAAGUAGAUGAAUGGAGAGCACUGAUUGGCCAAUGCUCAGUGUUACGUGCAGUACCUGUGUCGCUCAUCAAUCACUGCAUCCAGCAUAGUCGUCACGAUACAUCUUUAGUGUGAGCCUUGUAUCAUGUGUUACAGUUCCAACAUAUUGCUCUAGACACUGUGGCUGUUAAACUGUCUUGAAUCAAGUUGCCCAAAUUUCUCAUAGUGACUGUACGCUUUGCAGUGUCGUUUUUUCUGCAUGACAGCAGUGAAUUUCCUUCACACUGUCUGGAGAGGCAAUCAGCGAGACUGUAGGGGUUGUACCUUUCCAGUUUUCUUUUUCUUCUUAUAGAUACUGUCCACAACUGUAGCAACGAUGUGAUUUCGUUUCUAGCAAGUACCUGACACUAUCAAAUGAACCAAGGUCCAGCAGGCCACAUAGCUUGUAUGAUCAGCCGUGUCCCUGAUUAAGAUCAGAUUGCAAAAGCAACUUGAAAUAGGAAACCUCCAGCUCAAGACGUGCCUAACUGAUUGGUUUGCACCUCUCUUUGUGUUUGCCUUGCUGCUUGAAUUCGCUCGAAGGACCUCUCACUUCGAUUUGUGGUGAUUGGUAGCAGGAAAAGACACAGCUCCUUCAUUUUAAAACAAUUAUAGUAGUCUGUGUGGCUUGGAGUGUUUUAGGAAGUAAGAUAACAGCUUAGCACUGUGCGUUAUAAAAAAGAGGCUCUUACAUCGAAGGUGUUUUCAUAACAGCGUAUUCACACAAAUACUUUGCUGUGUUGCUAACAGGUCAAAUUAUCUUCUGACCAACCUAGGUCUUUUGACUUGAAAGUAUUUCUUUUCUUCAAUUGGUGUGAACACUUUUUUUUUCCAUGCACAACUCUUUAUACUUUCACUUUCAUGGCUGUAGACGGAUCCGAACAAAUUGAAGGCUUAUUGAAUAGCCAAACAAGAGUACAUAAUAAAGAUUACUAAUUGCUGGUUGCGGUAAAAUAACGGCUCACUAACUUAAGGUGUUUGGUUUGCGGUGACAACACAAACUAUCUGUAGACUACAUGUAUGCUUACAAUGGAAGGUUCACGAGUGAAUGGGUGUUGCUUCACGUCAAAUAGGAGUGACCUGCUAAGUGCAUAUGUUUAAGCAACGAACUUGUGUUCAGUAUUGUUCAUUGAAUGAACUUAUGCAAGACUGAUCCUUGUUCAGCAUCCUCAAAUGUUGCAGGACUUCCGUUUCUGAACCAAAGAACAACAUUAGGCUUUUUAAAUAUUGUGUAUUGUGACACCCAGCACAAGUUAUAUUUCCAUGAGAAGCACCGCAUGGUUACUUGCAAUUACGAUGACUUUACAAUUGUAAACGGUUGAAAAUUUCAUUUGCCCAUUUGAAGCCGUGUUCACGUGUAUUCACUUUCAACAUGCUUUUUGUGGAAUGCUGCGUAGGUAUACUGAUUUCUUUAAUAAAGCUUUGCUUGGGGGUGUCGGAGAAAUCA